CUUCCACUACUACAUGUCAGAACUGCACAUGCCUUACGUACUUUGCCAUAGGUUAGGCAGGUAAUUGUACAUACACCGUACGCGUCACGGACUCCGAUUGUCACGAUCACGAUCCCACAUGGCGCUUCACAUUCGAAACCUCACGCACCUCAAUCGCCCGAAGCUCCCGACCUCAUCUCGGCAGCAGCUCGGCCUCUUUGCCCAAGGCAAUCGACCGCGGCUUACAAACACCAGCUUGGGGCUCUCUUUUGACCGACGACUCCCCCGGCGCUGCUUGUUCUCUUCGCCCCAGCGCCGUCGGUCGACCCUGCGCACUACCAAGCUGAUAUCGGUGACACUCACCAGCGCAUUGCUUUCAAUCUGGCUAUACCCGACUGAUGCCUUGCAGCAUACCGACUCACUGGCGGAGCUAGCCUCCGGGAACUCGGGAAAAGAUGGAGAUGGGGCCAAUACCGACGAGGACCAGGGCGCCCGGGCCAGCUUCACAAGAUCCUUCAGUGCGCUCUCCUUUGUCCCUUCGACAGACGGACUCUCCGAGAAGGUUGUGGAAUUGAUCAUGCCCGAGUGGGCCAAGUUCAUACCCGGAUAUGUCAGGAAGCUGCAGCGCGAGAUGAAUAUGGAACCCGGGUCAUUGGCGGCCAACAUCUGGCAUGAGGCCCAGGACCCGUAUACGCACCCGGAAAUCCAAUAUCAGGCCAAGGUUCGCGUCUCGGGAGACUUGUGCGAAGAUGAGAAGAUAUUCCUGGACCGGAGAAAGAAGAUGAUUGUGCCUGCUCUGGCGCGUUAUCUAGGAAUCGACGAGCGGGAUAUCCACCCGGAUGAUGUCCCUACAAUUGCCAUGUGUGGCUCCGGCGGCGGUCUCAGAGCCCUGGUCGCAGGAACGGGCUCGUUCCUCGCGACGACAGAAGAUGGGCUCUUCGACUGCACCACCUACGUCUCGGGCGUUAGCGGAUCCUGCUGGCUGCAAUGCCUCUACUACUCCUCGGUUACCGGGGCCAACUUUCAGAAGGGUAUCGACCACCUCAAGGCGCGCCUCGGUACGCAUAUUGCCUACCCACCCGUGGCUUUCAACACCCUAACGUCAUCACCCACCAAUAAAUACCUUCUGAGUGGUCUGGUGGAGAAGCUCAAGGGCGAUCCCCGGUCCCAGUUCGGUCUCGUCGACAUCUACGGUAUGCUCUUGGCGGCGCGUCUCUUGGUUCCAAAGGGCGAGUUAGGUGUGAACGAGAAGGACUUCAAACUAUCAAACCAGCGAGAAUACACGAGAUAUGGCCAGAAUCCCCUCCCGAUUUACACGGCUGUGCGGCACGAGAUACCGGAGCUGGACUCGCCCGACUACGGUGGUCCGGGGUCCCUCACGGAGGAGGCGAAGAACCGAGCUAAACGGGAGGCGUGGUUCCAGUGGUUCGAAAUCACUCCUUAUGAGUUCUUCUGCGAGGAGUUCUCGGCCGGCAUUCCCACUUGGGCCGUCGGCCGCAAGUUCAAGAACGGCGCCGACCUGCCCUCGGAAUCGGGCUUCCGCCUCCCCGAGACCCGCCUGCCCCUGCUCCUGGGAAUCUGGGGCAGCGCGUUCUGCGCUACCCUGAGCCAUUACUACCGCGAGAUCAGACCCAUCAUCAAAAGUCUCGCCGGUUUCCGGCCGGUUGACGAGCUCAUCUGGGGCCAUAACAAAGACUUGAGCAAGGUCCAUCCGAUCGAGCCGGCCAGCAUUCCCAACUUUGUUCAUGGCAUGUACGGCCAACUGCUUGAAUCCGUUCCCCAAGCCGUCUACGACAACGAAUACAUCCAACUCAUGGACGCCGGCAUGUCCAACAACCUUCCCAUCUACCCUCUCCUCCGCCCGGGCCGGGAUGUCGACAUCGUCGUAGCCUUCGACGCCUCGGCCGACAUCAAAACUGAUAACUGGCUCUCAGCAGUGGAGGGCUAUGCCCGCCAGCGCAACAUCAAAGGCUGGCCCGUGGGUAUUGGCUGGCCAAAGCCCAAGGCGGCCCCAUCCGUCGCCGCCGCCGAGCUCGAGCAAGCCCAAGCUCAUUCGGCCGCCGAAGCAGAAGGCAAGAUCACCCAAGCCAAAGCCGAUCAGGCGGCUCGGCACCCGGAAGCGCCCAGCACUACCACCGCCGCCACCGCUUCCCCGACUGACAGCGACCAACAAGCGCCCGAACUACCGGGCUCGCAACCGACGAAGCCGGACACCCAACGACAUAGCGAAGCCGCCACCGAGCUGGGCUAUUGCACGGUCUGGGUAGGCACAACGCAAGAGCGGUCGUCGGACCACCCGCCGCCGCCUCCCGUCGACGACACGAGCACGUGGCGGCUGAUGGAGCCGGACGCGGGCAUCGUGGUCGUGUACCUGCCGUUCCUGGCCAACGAGCGGGCGGCGCCGGGCGUUGACGUGGCCACGAGCGACUACCUGAGCACGUGGAACUUUGUGUACACGCCCGACCAGAUCGACCAGGUGAUCGCGCUCGCGCGGGCGAACUACGGCGAGGGCAGGGAGCGGAUCCGCGCCACCGUCCGGGCCGUGUACGAGCGGAAGCGUCGGCGGCGGGAGGAGAGGGAGCGAAAGGAGAAGACGGCCGAGUGGAGGCGACAGGUCAGGAAGGGUGUCGCGGGGGCCGUCGGGGAGGGGGCUCACGGGGACCAUUUCAGCUAGUAAAUUUUUUUGGUCCCUUUUUUUGGUCAGUUGCAGGCCAUCUCGGUUAUUUGAGAUAAUUAUGGUGCUAUCUCGUGAUUUCCGAAAAUAUACCCCUUCAAUAUUGUUUCAA